CGUGGAGCAACUCCUGGUGUUUUUUUUUUUUUCUCUCUCCACAGAAAUGGCUGCGAAAAUGGUCGUUCUGUUCGACUUGUGGGGCUGUGUUCAGAGCCCGCGGCUUCACCACAUCUUUAAGAAGUACGAGGAGUCCCUCGGGCUGCCCAGGGGUUUUUUCCAUGACAUGGUUCUGAAAAACGGGCCUGGAAGUGCUUUGCAAAGAGCAGAGCUGGGGAAGCUAACGCUAACUCAGAUGAUCCCGGAGAUGGAGGCUGAGUGCCAGGCCGAGGCGGCGGCCCUGGGCCUCUCCCUGCCGCUGCACUUCUCCGUGCAGAAGCUGUUUGACCAGGUCAGAGAGGCCCUGCGCUUCAGCUCUGCCAUCCUGGAGGCUUCCGACAAACUGCGUCGCCACGGUGUGGCCACGUGCGUGCUGGGGAACAGCUGGGUGGACGACUCGGAAAAGCGUGAUUGGAUGGGCCUGGUGCUGCUGGUGCUGAGUCUGCACUUUGACCUGGUCCUGCAGUCCUGCCGAGCCGGGGCCCGGCUGCCCGACCCCGCCCUGCUCACCCACGCCCUGCAGAGGCUCCGCACCCCGCCGCAGCAGGCCAGUGCGAUAUUUGUGAGCUCUGUGGAGGAAAAUCUAGCAGCAGGCAGGGACAUUGGCAUGGGCGUGGUUCAGAUGGGAGACCCAGAGGUAGCCAUGAAACAGCUGCAGUGCCUCUCAGGUGUGCAGGCGAUAUUUGUGAGCUCUGUGGAGGAAACUGUAGCAGCAGGCAGGGAUAUUGGCAUGGGCGUGGUCCAGAUGGGAGACCCAGAGGUAGCCAUGAGACAGCUGGAGUGCCUCUCAGGUGUGCAGCUGUUGAGCUGUGAGGAAGCUGUUCCUCUCUCCUGCAGUCCUGAAGGCGUCCCUCACUGCAGUGUGUACAUUAAGCCUGGGCAGCAGGUUCACUAUGUGGACAUGGGGGAGGGGCCUGCUGUUCUUCUGUGCCAUGGUUUCCCUGACAGCUGGUUCACCUGGAGAUACCAGAUCCUAGCGCUGGUGGAAUCUGGCUUCAGGGUCCUGGCGCCGGAUAUGAAGGGCUAUGGGGAGUCUUCAUCGCCCCCUGACAUCGAGGAAUACUCACAGGAGCAGCUCUGCCAGGAUUUGGUAACGUUCCUGGAUAAACUGGGGAUUGUCCAGGUGACCCUGGUGGGGCAUGACUGGGGUGGCUCGUUGGUGUGGAACAUGACUCAGUACCACCCUGAGAGAGUCAGGGCUGCUGCCUCCCUGAACACUCCUCUAUUCCCUGUGGAUCCCAACACCAACCCCCUGGAGGGACUGAAACGUAUUCCCAUCUUCAACUACCAGCUCUACUUCCAGACUCCAUGUGUAGCAGAGGCCGAGCUGGAGAAAGAUCUGGCGAGGACCAUGAAGAUUCUCUUCAGAGGCGCUGCUGAUUCAGACCACCAAAUAAGCCCAGCGGGUGUCACUGAGAGAGGUGGGCUGUUUGUGGGAUUAGCAGAUGAGGUUCCCCUCAGUUCCAUGCUCCGUGAGGAAGUUCUGCAGUACUAUGUCAAACAGUUCAGCAGGAAUGGCUUCAGAGGGCCUCUGAACUGGUACCGCAAUGUGGAGAGAAACUGGAGAUGGAUGUGCUCCAGACCGAGAGGCAAGAUACUGAUUCCUGCUCUGAUGGUGACUGCAGGGAUGGACCUGGUCCUCCUUCCCAAAUUCUCCGCCGGCAUGGAGACCCUGAUACCCAACUUAACACGCGGGCAUAUAGAGGACUGCGGCCACUGGACCCAGCUGGAGAGGCCUGCUGAGCUCAACAGGAUCCUGCUGUCCUGGCUGAAGGAUGUGCACCAGCAGGCUGCCAUCCCCCUGACGCCAAAGCUGUAGACCCUCUGCCUCACCAGGCCUGGGCCAAUGAGGAGGGGGCGUCAACUUGCACAGGCCAAUGAGGAGGGAGCGUCGACAUGCACCGUCCACUCAGGAGGGGGAGGAUGGAGAAAGAGAUAUUACAUUGAUCAUAUAUAUUCCUUGCAUUUAUACAGCACUUUUCUCAUACUCAAAGCGCUUUAGUGAUGAGGGAGACGCUCCUCAGUCAUGUUUGCAUUAAUUGGCGUUUUAUUCAUGAAUGGAUUGUGCCUUUGCUAAGGCUGAAGGUUACAGUAAAGUAACUGCUAUACAACCACUUGUAACAAACAACUUUCCCUUUCUAAUUUUCCAUUAAAAAUGUUUAAAUACUGGUGUACAA